AUGCCAACGCUGCGCCGCCGUCCCGGCCGCCACUUCCUUCUCCUUCUCCUGGCCCUGCUGCUCCCCUCGCCACCCCCGGCCCGCGCUCCCGCAUCCCCGGGCCCCGCCGCCGCCCUGCUCCAGGCUCUCGGGCUGCGCGAAGCGCCCCGGGGAGCCCCCACUCUCCGGCCCGUACCCCCCGUCAUGUGGCACCUGUUCCGCCGCCGGGACCCCCAGGAGGCCAGGGUGAGCCCGCGGCGGACGCCCCCAGGGGCCGCCCUGCGACCGUGCCACGUGGAGGAGUUGGGAGUCGCCGGAAACAUCGUGCGCCACGUCCUGGACCGCGGUGCGUCCUCCCGGCCCCCGCAGCCCGCCUCGGCCGCUGGGCAGUGCCCCGAGUGGACCGUCGUCUUCGACCUGUCGGCUGUGGAAGCCGCCGAGCGUCCGAGCCGGGCCCGCCUGGAGCUGCGCUUCGCGGCGGCGGGGCCGGCGGGCGGCUGGGAGCUGAGCGUGGCGCGGGCGGCCGAGGGCGCGGGCCCCGGGCCGGUGCUGCUCCGCCAGGCGGUGCCCGCCCUGGGAACGCCGGUGCGCGCCGAGCUGCUGGGCACCGCGUGGGCCCGCAACGCCUCGGCGCCGCGCAGCCUCCGCCUGUCGCUGGCGCUGCGCCCCCAGGUCCCCGCCACCUGCGCGCGCCUAGCCGAGGCCUCGCUGCUGCUGGUGACCCUCGACCCGCGCCUUUGCCACCCCCUGGCCCGGCCGCGGCGUGAGGCAGAGCCCGCAGUGGGCAGCGUCCCCGGGGGCGCGUGUCGAGCGCGGCGGCUCUACGUGAGCUUCCGCGAGGUGGGCUGGCACCGCUGGGUCAUCGCGCCGCGCGGCUUCCUGGCCAACUACUGCCAGGGUCAGUGCGCGCUGCCCGCCGCGCUGUCGGGACCCGGUGGCCCGCCCGCGCUCAACCACGCCGUGCUGCGCGCGCUCAUGCACGCGGCCGCCCCCGGCGCCGCCGGCCUGCCCUGCUGCGUGCCCGCCCGCCUGUCGCCCAUCUCCGUGCUCUUCUUCGACAACAGCGACAACGUGGUCCUGCGGCACUACGAGGACAUGGUAGUGGACGAGUGCGGGUGCCGCUGACGGGCGGGGACGGGGCCCAAAAAUAAACAAACACUGCGUGGUCGGCUCCCCGUCUCCUCAUCCUGUCCCCGGGGCGGGGCGGAAGCCGCUGCAUCCAUGGCGAUAGACCGUUAGGGUGAUGGGGGUCCUACAGAGAAGACGGGGGUUCCUGGAAACCCAUCUCCAGGCGCCCACCCUGGGAGCUGCCCUCCACUUCCGAGGGGCCAGGUCCCCGGAGUCCCUGCUGUGCAGGUCCCACCUCUCUCAGCUUUGCCAGAGGUGGCUCAGAGUGCCCCCACCCAGCCAGCCCCACCCAGACCAAGUGCUCUGCCACCUUCCUGCACUUUAUCCAGCCUGAGUGUGAACGCAAGAGCUGUUCAUUAAGAUUUUAUUGGUGACAAAAGAGCUUAAAACAAAUUGACCAAAAAUCAAAGUUACAUUGCACUUGGUACAGAUGUGUCUCGAUUUGAAAAACUCAGAGGAACUGCUGCCGUGAAGGUGGACAAAGCAAACAGCACAAAGCAGAGGCAAAGCAUUCCAAGAGGGCAACAGGGCUGGCGGGGUGUUGUCCAGGGGGUGUUGCACAAAGGAUCACAGCAGAAACCUACCCAAGCUCUAUGCCUCUAUGCGGCCUACCCAAGGAAGGCGGACCCAGCAGCUCCACAGCAGAUGAAGGUGGCCUGUGUGCCCCCGACUCACCCGUGAACAAGCUGGAAUCUAGAGGCUCUGGGAUGAGGCCCAGCGUCAGCCACACGGGGAUGGGAAAGCCAGGGCGUCAGGGUCACCAGGGCUUGGGUAGGCAGGGGAGGGCCCCCAAACAGGUGGCCACCAGGGAGACAUACCCCACCAUGGUGUGCAAGGAGCUGGAGGUUGCGCGCUCUCAGCCGCCAGAACUUCUCAAGCUGCAACCCAGACCCAGGCCCCUUGACCAGCUGACGUGCCAACUCCUCCAAGCCCCUUUGGCACAGAAGCAACUUAUUUCUGAAACGUACUCCCUCCCCCCCAAAAGCAGAAACCACCCCCUCAUUGAAGCUGUGCCCAGAGGAGUUGCAAACUUGGAGAGUGGGGUGAAAAAUAAGGGGGGGUGCUCUGUGUGUCUAACCGGCCACAGGGACGUAGGCAUCUCCCUGGGGAUGGGUCCUCUUGGCUGCUGUCUUCUGCCAAAUCCUCAGGAAAGACCCUGGGGAAGAAGCCCUGGCCAGGGAGCAGCCACCUUCCCACACUCCGGCCUCUUGGCCAUCCUGGGGGGCCCCUCCUGGGGGCCUGAGUCCACCACGUGUGGGAAGCACUUUGCUUCUCAGAGUCCAGCGGGGACCGUGGAGCCGCCUGGCCCGGGAUGGUGCUCCCUCACUGCCUGAUGCACAGGGAGAAGCCACCGGAAGCUUUUUAAAAGUGAAAACAAAAAUCCUCUCGAUCAAGUCACAGGUGUUGAUCCUAAUCUCGAAUUGUCGGCUCAUUUAAACUUCAUUUCUGGAAGGUUCUCGCAUUUCCCAGGUCCAC